AUGUCUUUCGCACUGUUGCGAAGCCACAGCCGACCAGCGCUGGCUGUGAUCGAGCGGCAAGUACGGGCCCUUUCUUCCACACUGGCAAUUACCGAUUUUUCGGCCGGAGCAGUGAAGACGGUCGAAGAAAAGAACUACCUGAAGCAUUGCCAACCCGCCAAGUGCUUCAUCUCGACAUCGGUCCGCAAGUACUCGAAGAAAACGGCCGCCCCAGAACGUGCUUACAACAGCGAUUCAGAUUCGGACUCGGAUGACGAGCGUGACAGUACUCCGCGGCAGCAGCGUCAGCGCAAGGAGCGUGGCAAUUCCGAGUUCUGGCGGCGCAAGAUGCGCACCCUACACGGUGUGCUAGACGUCAACAAGGAUGGAGUCAUUUCGUACGAUGAUUUUAUGCUGCUGACCGAGAAGUUUGCCUCGCUUGGCCAUCUUGACGUGAAGGCGAAGAAUGAAUUCCGUGACAUUAUGCGAACCACCUGGGAGCAACAGUGGGGAGAAAUUACCCCCUACAAUCUAGUCACCGUGGAGCAGUACUUGACCGAGAUGCAUCACGUGGUCAAUGAUAAGGAUCUCAAGAAGAAGGUGCAUCGCUUUUUGCCCUACCUGUACAAGGCCGUUGACAAGGAUCGUUCGGGAUCGAUCUCGCUGAACGAAUUCAAGCUGUUCUUCCGCUGUCUGGGGCUGACCGAGGAAAAUGCGGCCGUUUCGUUUGCGGUGAUCGACAAGAAUGGCGACGGGCAGAUUACGCUGGACGAAUUUGUCAAGCUCGGCAAGGACUUUUUCGUAAGCGAGAAGGAGACGCACGUUUCGCGCAUGUUCUGGGGACCGUUGGUUGAUCACUAG